AUGGGGUUUUCACUGCUCCCCCAAAACUAUCGAGAACUGUGGAAAGAGUGGGAGCUGCGGUUUCUCGUCCUCCUCAGCUUGUUCCUCCAAUUGACCCUUGCGACUCAGGGCUUCCGGAGGAAAUCCAUUUACAGGUACUGGAUCCGAAUCGUCGUCUGGACGACAUACCUAUCGGCCGACUCCAUUGCGACCCUUACGCUUGGUGUCAUCUCGAACCGCCUGGCCAACAUCAAGGAAGAGAAGGGGAUGAUCGAUCCGAGGAGCCAGAUCACUGCCUUCUGGGCACCGUUUCUUCUCCUCCACUUGGGCGGGCCCGACGCAAUCACCGCCUAUGCCCUGGAGGACAAUGAGCUAUGGUUGAGGCAGUUGGCGCGACUUUGCGUCCAGGCAGGACUAGCUUGUUACAUCUACUUCAUGGCCUUGUCGGGGUCUACGCUGUCGAUAUUAGCGGUUGGCGUGAUCCUUGUGGGGUUCGUCAAAUAUGCGGAGAGGACAUUGUGUCAGUACUUGGCAAGCGAAGAUCGACUUCGAGAUUCGAUGCUUUCGCCUUCCGAUUUUGGUCCCAUAUACCCCAGGAUAAUGGAGCAAUACACUCUGAAGAAAGAGGAGGGAUACCGAGUCAGCAUUGACGAGGUCGUGGAGGUUCCGGCUCCAGAGGAUCUCUCAGCGAUUGGCGGUCAAGGCGGGGACGGAGAGAAUGCCAAGACUCUGGCCAAAGCCUAUGAAUUGUUCAAGAUCUUCAAGCUUCUCUUCGUGGGCCUUAUCCUCAACUUUGGCGACCUCGAGGCCAGUAAGCGCAUGUUCUCGAACCCUGCCAUGACCUCGGAGACGGCUUUUAAGAUAGUGGAGAUCGAGCUCGGGUUCAUGUACGAUCUGCUCUACACCAAGGCAUUAUUGCUGAACCGUGCUUGGGGCAUCGUUCGUUGCGCCAUCAGUCUCUCGGUGCCUUGUGCUGUGUUGGUAUUCUUCCUCUUACAGGAUAGGAAGGAUUACCCCAAAGUCGACGUCUGUAUCACCUUCUUGCUGAUAAGCGCGGCUAUACUUCUAGAGGUUUACUCGGUUCUUCUAGCAAUUUCAUCCGAUUGGGUUGACCACUGGCGGCUUCAGAGACCCGAGAGAUCCGCAAUUUCAUCAGCCGUGGCUUUUCUCCGGACCUGCCCGCAACAAAGAUGGUCAAAUUCCGUGGCCCAGUUCAGCCUCUUGGGAUUAUCUAUCAAGAAAAGAAACAGGAUCUUCAGCAAGUAUCCAGGGCUCGCCAAGUUAGACGAGAAGUUGGAGAAGAACUUUUGCAUCAAUUACAAAGUGUUCAAGAACAACAUCAAAGAUUGGAUCUUCCGUCACGCGAUGAAUACGGUCAAACAGCUGGCAGAAGACAACAAAUUGAAGAGCGGGUUGACGAGUCUUAAGGAGGAGGUUAACGAAGUACUGAAGAGGUUAAAUCACGAUGACCUGGACUGGAGUGUGAAAGGUAUGGACUUCGACCAGAGCAUCCUCAUUUGGCACGUCGCCACUGAGCUCUGCCACCACAAGGACCUUGUCGAGAGGGUGGGAAAAGGCCCGGAAGACGUCACAAACUUCAAGAUGAGUAAGUUGGUCUCUCGGUACAUGCUCUAUCUUUUAGUACUCUAUCCUUCCAUGUUGCCAACAGGGAUAGGGGGGCUCCGAUAUGAAGAUACUUCCGUCGAUGCUCAGAAGUUUUUCGAGGACAAGCUAGCGGUGUCGUCAAAGAAAGAAACCAGCAUCGUGAAGUGGGCGCAGAAUUUAUUCGAGAAAGGGGAGCAUGCCCACGCCAGUGGUCAUAGCUGCAAAAAGGCGCACAAGUCAGCAGAGUCGCAUGAUCUGUGCGAAGUCUGCCAUCUUCUGCUUCAAGUGGGAACUCAGCUGCCCGCCACAAAAAUACGUGGUGGCAAAAGCAGGUCGGUGCUGUUCGACGCGUGCCAUCUCGCAUCCCAGUUGAAUAACUCCGAGAUGGACUUCAGCAAUAAAUGGGACCUGAUCAGCAAGGUCUGGGCGAAGUUUCUGAUAUACGCGGCCUGCCAAAGCAAAGGCUGUGAGCACUCUGAGAGCCUGAGCAGAGGCGGAGAGCUUCUAAGCCAUGUUUGGCUUCUCAUGGGGCAUCUUGGCAUAGCGGAUCCGGUACAGAUUUCUGAAGUACAAUGCAUUACCAAACUGAUCAUGAACUAG